AUGUUCAUCGUCUUACUGCUCAUUCUCGGCUUCGAGCCAUUCAUCGCCGCCGGCGAUCCACUGGAACAGAUCUGCCACACCAGCAUCCCCUAUAAUAGCACCUACCAAGCUAACCUUGAGCUCCUAUCUAGUGUGCUAUCCAGGAAUGCCUCAUCCACAAGAACCAAGCAGCCCAAGGGCUUCGUCGGAACUGACCAAGACCCCAUUUAUGGCGCCGCACAGUGUCCCGGCGACACCAUCGCAUCUGCAUGCUCCAGCUGCAUCACUGCCGCAUUCCAUGAUGCUUGGCGGCUCUGUGGAUCGCAAAUGGACAUGCAUUUCCUGUAUGGGGGCUGCAUUGUCCACAUCUCCACCGAGGACCUCCUCUACAACUCCAGGUUUUUGCUACACAAGUUGCUGAUCUUUAGGGACACCACGGAUCGUAGCAAUUCACCCGUUUGGGUCACCACCAACUUCACCGACACCAGCAUUGAUGGCAACAUCAAGGUGCUUCUCCAAGAGACAGCCAAACAGGCAGCCUACAACUCUACAAUGAUGUACGCCACUGGCCGCCUGGAUGUCUCCCGCGGACUCCCGCUGCUCUACUCUAUGGCGCAGUGCAACCUGGACCUACCACCGAAUGACUGCUGGGAUUGCCUCGACAAUAUCAGGAGCGCAGCAAGGGGUUCCUUCCACGAGCAACAUGGUGAAUGGAUUGCUGGUGUGUGGUGUAAUUUCAGGUACAGCACGUAUCAGUUCUACAAUGGCCAGCCCACGAAGCAGAUUCUCUGGUCGGAUGCUCUAGAUCCCACACCAAACAUGCCGGCGCCAGGGCCAGUUGGUGUUCCAAGGCAGAAAGAUAAGAAAAUUGACUAUACUGCAGCAUCCUUAUAG